AUGGACAGUGAUCCUCACAAAGAGACAGGUUUCCAAUUCAUAUCUAUACAGAAUCCAGAGGAUACAAAAGACCGGGAGAAGAGGCGUGUAGCCAGGUCACAUGCUGUGAAGCAGGCUCUACGUAGUAAACGGAGGCCUCAGGAGGGGACUCUGGGCAGUGGUAUUGGUGCAUCUGGCCAAAUGCUGGUCCCAUGGUCCAUAUUCGCCCCUGCAUCUGCCUACGGCCCCUUCGAGAGCAUUAUGGGAGACUCUCCGCGACUGAGGGCCUUGCUUAGUCACAACCUUGACGACCCGGCUCUCCUGAACGCCGUGAAGCUAACAUUUGCGUUUGCGGUGACUGGCGGUAAUGUAGACCAAGAGUGUCUCGACUACCAAGCUCAAGCUAUGAGCACCAUUCGCGAGAGAAUGAACUCGCCGGAAGCAGCGCUCUCGCUGCCAACUCUGGGCGCCAUCUUGCUCCUUGCUGGAGUCGAGGCUCGCCUAGGCAUGCGAUGGCAAGUUCAGCUACAUAUGGGCGCUAUCCGCCAGCUGCUUGAAUUGGGUCAAUCAAGAACCAUUUAUCUAACCGACGGAAUCAAGCGGGCUAUCUUUUGGCAAGAUCUGAACUCAUCCAUUAUGACCGGAUCCGACCGUAUAAUAGAUCACACGACAUUCGCUGAGCUCCAGUGGAAACGAGAUCCCUUUGCUGCGGAUUUUUUCGUUUUGGCUCCUGGAUUUGAGAAGAGAAUCCACUUGUUUACAAACGAUUACGUUGAGGUUCUGAGAGAUAUACACGCAUUGCAAUGCGUCCAGGAUCUCCCCGGAUAUUCUUGCCAGAACCCUGUGGAGAUGCUCCGUGUAGACAAUCAGCAGGCUUCAAUCGGGUCCAGACUCGUAGAUCUACCAAAGCUCUCACCAUAUAUGGAGGCGUGCUAUUUAGCCGCCUAUCUCAGUGCCUGCAUGCUUUGCUGCAAGGUGUGGCGCCACUCUGUAAUGCCUUCUCAUGUUUCGUUGCAUUUACUUCGCAAGUUACAAGAGUCCAACGGUGACCCGUUUUGGGACGAUCAGAUUGACCUGCUUAUCUGGAUGUUACACAUGGGCGGUUCUUUUUCACCAAAAGGAUCAGUUCAUGAUGACUAUAAGGCUCUUCUGCAAGAGAACCAUGACUCUCGAUUUACAGGAAGGUAUAGCUCUUUGGAGGAACUUGUGGCAAUCAUGAGCCAGUUUAUUUGGUCGGAAAAGGCCUAUCGUGCUCAGGUGGAGGAGUUUUGGGAAGAGAUUCACCCUAGCAUUGAUCCUACUCAAUGA